UUCUUCCCACCGCUCUCCUGCCUGGAAGUGCUGACAGAUCAAGGCAACAAAUUUCAAUUACAAUCCCUAAUUUGUGUCCACAGAGUGUUUUUUACCCCUGUUAGUCCUCUCUGGCGCAUCAGUUGAGGCAGACCUCGGAGCAGCUGGAGGUGGAAGGGGUGGGAGCAAAGGAGUGCAUCAGUGAGAGACCGUUCGGGAGACCCAGGGAAGGAGACUUGGCUGGCUCGUCGCCGGUUCCUCGGAUCCCAACACAAGCGAAAAAGAGGAAACGCCAAAUUUGUUUUUGCCCGCAGUGGGGAAGGGGGCAUAUCUCGGGAGGCCCCGAAAGUCUUUUAGUUUUUGGUAGAGGAAGAGCGAGAGCGCGCGUGUGCCCGAGUGAGUGUAUAUGAGAGAGGGGCGGGCGGGCGCGGGGCGGGGGGGAUGGCCGAGAAGCGAAGGGGCUCGCCGUGCAGCAUGCUAAGCCUGAAGGCGCACGCCUUCUCCGUGGAGGCGCUGAUAGGCGCCGAGAAGCAGCAACAGCUUCAGAAGAAACGGCGAAAACUGGGCGCCGAAGAGGCGGCGGGGUCCGUGGAAGACGGAGAUUGCAGCCGCGGCGGUGGCGCGGGCGAAAAGGGCUCUUCUAAGGGAGACGAAGGCGCUGCGCCCCCUCCACCGACUGGGGCGGCGUCCGGGCCCGCCCGGAGUGGCGCAGACCUGGAGCGCGGAGCCGCGGGCGGCUGUGAGGACGGCUUCCAGCAGGGAGCUUCCCCGCUGGAGUCACCAAGAGGCUCCCCGAAGGGGUCCCCGGCACCCGCCCUCGCCCGGCCCGGGACCCCUCUGACCUCGCCGCAGACCCCGCGGGUGGAUCUGCAGGGAGCCGAGCUCUGGAAACGCUUUCAUGAGAUAGGCACUGAGAUGAUCAUCACCAAGGCCGGCAGGCGCAUGUUUCCAGCAAUGAGAGUGAAAAUCUCUGGAUUAGAUCCUCACCAGCAAUAUUACAUUGCCAUGGAUAUUGUGCCAGUGGACAACAAAAGAUACAGGUAUGUUUACCACAGCUCUAAAUGGAUGGUGGCAGGUAAUGCUGACUCCCCUGUGCCACCCCGGGUGUACAUUCAUCCAGACUCGCCUGCCUCGGGGGAGACUUGGAUGAGACAAGUGAUCAGCUUCGACAAGCUGAAGCUCACCAACAAUGAACUGGAUGACCAAGGCCAUAUUAUUCUUCAUUCUAUGCACAAAUACCAACCACGAGUGCAUGUCAUCCGUAAAGACUGUGGAGACGAUCUUUCUCCCAUCAAGCCUAUUCCAUCCGGGGAGGGAGUAAAGGCAUUCUCCUUUCCAGAAACUGUCUUCACAACUGUCACUGCCUAUCAGAAUCAGCAGAUUACUCGCCUGAAGAUAGAUAGGAAUCCAUUUGCUAAAGGCUUCCGAGACUCUGGGCGCAACAGAAUGGGUUUGGAAGCCUUGGUGGAAUCAUAUGCAUUCUGGCGACCUUCACUUCGGACUCUCACCUUUGAAGAUAUUCCUGGAAUUCCCAAGCAAGAAUAUGCAGCCAGAAGCUUCAGGGGGAGAGACAUUUUUCUUGCCAACCCUGAUUCCUUCAGUCCUCAUUCACUCUCCAGAAAUUUGGGCUCAAAAGACGGUUAACUUCAGGAAAAGGUUUGGAUGUUUUCAGUUUCAAGAUAAUGUGGUGUUUGGCCCUUUUGUAAACAGUUUCUUUACUCUGAUGACCAAACUUCUUUACCUCUAUGUUUUGUUUGAAGAAACAAGAACAUCUAAGUAACAAAUAGUGAGUAUGUUAUAUAGAAGGCAGUUCCAGAGGAAGUUCUGAGCCAAAUGUGAAAAUAUAGAAGGGAGAUUCCUAAAAAUUGCUAUUAAAGUUUUUGUUAUCCCUCCAAAACAUAUUUAAUGGAAGUAAAAGAUAGAGGAAAGGAGAAAUAUGAAUUCAUCUAAGGUUACAUAUUCCUGAGUAUUCCAUUGAAAGACAAAAUUGGUUCUGAAAGUGGGAUACUUUUGCUUUGAGAGAACAAUUAAGCAAAGCCUUUCUUCCCCUGUCUGUCUUGCUGAGUUUUCUCUAUGACAUUUCCUGUUCAAGUGUUCACAUGCUUCCUUUGUAACAUCUCCUCGAAUAAAAACUAAAAACCCUGAAUGGGUGGUUACGGAUCUGAAUCUUUUUUGUAUCUCCAGCUAUGUUCUUUUUUUUUUUCAAUUUUAUUUUAUUGUACUUUAAGUUCUGGGGUAUAUGUGCAGAACUUGAAGGAUUGUUGCAUAGGUACACACAUGCCAUGGUGGCUUGCUACCUCCAUCCCCUCGUCACCUACAUCAGGCAUUUCUCCCAAUCUUAUCCCUCCCCAACCUCCCCACCCCCAAGCUAUCCCUCCCUUAGACCCCCUACCCCACAACAGACCCCAGUGUGUAUGUUCCCCUCCCUGAGUCCAUGUGUUCUCAUUGUUCAACAUCCACCUGUGAACGAGAACAUGCAGUGUUUGGUUUUCUGUUCUUGUGUCAGUUUGAUGAGAAUAAUGGUUUCCAGAUUAAUCCAUGUGCCUGCAAAGGACAUGAACUCAUCCUUUUUUAUGGCUGCAUAGUACUCUGUGGUGUAUAUAUGCCAGAUUUUCUUUAUCCAGUCUAUCCUUGAUGGGCAUUUGGGUUGGUUCCAGGUCUUUGCUAUUGUAUCCAGCUCUGUUCUUAAUGGAUGACUUUUCCUGGAGCUGUUUAAAUAGACUGGUUGAAAAGUGGAUUUCAUUUCCUAAGUCAGGAAGCAGGUUACACAUAGAUAUGGACAUCAGUUCUUUCUAUUUCAAGACUAAAGGUAAGUCCAAAGAGAGAAAACACCUCUGCAUCAAGUGUUUAUAUUCUAAUCAAGAGGUGAAGUUCUGUGCAUGGGAUCUUGGCUCAUUAGGUAACCCUGAGUGAAAUAGAAACAAACAAAAAGUUAACGUAUAUUUUUAAAAGACUUUCAUGCAUCCACUAGUUCCCUUACAACCUGCCUCCAGAGCCUACGACAGCAACUUCUGUGGCCUUGGGCAGGCCAGGAAAUAGUUUAAAUUUGCUGAGGCCCUAAAUUAUAGACUAUGCAUUUGCAACUGUUUUGAACUAGUCAGCAAAGUCAUAGUUUUCAACAGGUUUUAAAGGAGGAAUUUCAAUUCACAGGUGAGAGUGUUUUAGAUUAUGUUGUUGCAAAAUAAAAUGAAAUUUAGGUUUUUCUUCUCCUGAGGUGUGGUGAAAUUAAGCAGCAUCCAAGAAAAGUGAAUAGUGCACAUUCUGUAUUAAAUUGCUCAUCAGAACACAUCAUUUUUUUCUUUUACUUUUUAAAUUUUUUUUUGGCAACUAUCAGUUGCAACAGGUACUCAAACUGGCCCAACAAAUUAUCAGGACUUUAGCAUAGUCAGGAGUAAACAAAUGAUCUCCAUGAGAUAUAUAUUAGAGUAAAUUACUCUCUCGUGAGCUGGAAUCCUGUUAUAAUACAUAUGGUGCUGAUAAUAUAUCAAGGUACUAAUAAAUGUGCAACCAGAACAAACAUUAAUUAGAUUGUAAUAAUUGGAAUUCAAUAUUUUAAUGUUAUGUGCUAGAUACUUGUUUCAUUUGAGCCCUCAGCCACUCCAGUGUAUAUACUCCUAAGUAUUUUGAAACUUUGCUGCCACUGAAAUUCAUCUUCAUGUACUAGCAGCUCAUGUUUUUUACUGCCUAAUAAGUGUUUGUUGAACACAUGAAUGGCGAUCUGGGUUUUCUUCAAUUAUGUAUUAGAGGUUUGCGCCUCUUUAAACUAUUCCUGCAAUUCCAGGCAUUUCCACUGGGGGGACAAAAGCUCUGCUGUAGUUUGGCUAACCCUGGAGGAGUAUAACUUGAUAAGGGAAGUAACGGUAACACGUUAUUAUUUUUUUGAAAGACUAUAGCUACUCAUUAAUAUAUUUCUAUAAAUUAGAUAUGUUGGUAGGUAAGAGGUGAAAUAAGCAGAAAAAGAGAUAUAUUAAGGUUUUAAAAACUAAUAUUUUAACAUAAAAUGUUAACUCUUACUCAACUAGCACAAUAACCACUAACUUUUAUUCUGCUUUCCUCCUUUUUCCCUCAAGACACCUCACAAAGCAAGCCCUAGCUCUAGAUUAUUUACAAACAGAUUAUUCUUACAUUAUUCACAGGUUUCUUUUAGCUUUAAAAUUAAAACUCCUCAGGCAGUUUUUCCCUGUUGCGUUAUAAGAACUGUUGCUUUCCAAUUACUUAUUUAAGGAUGUUUCCCAUGGAUGCUGAUUUCUCCACUCAGCCUCUGCUUUUGGACUUUCUGUUCAUCUCUAUUCAUUCUCUCCAAAAGGUAGUACAACGUAUUUGUUUUUAAUAAUAUUCUAAACUUUCAAGAUACUCUUAAAAGUGAUAGCCUUUGUUAAGCUUGGGAAAUAUGUCUUCUUAAUAUAUUUUAAAGGUGAAAAUCUCUGAAUAAACUUAUUUUUUUCAGUGUAUAAUUCCAGAAGUGAUAUCAUGAGAGAACUUUAAUAGAUCCUCUAUCACUGUCUACUUGCCAUUUUGCUGUAGAUUAUCCAAAUCUGUUUGGGACUCAUUAAAUAAGAUGGUUUUACUUUCCAGUUUCUAUGUCAGGUAUUAGUCAUAAUACUAUUUUGUACUAUAAUAAGCCCAGUAAAAAAAAGCUUUUCCCUUGCAUCCCAGCUUCAGCUAGUCACAAUAUCUCUGAACCUUAGUUUAUAAUUUUUGUUUAAUUUUAAGUACCUACAGUGUCUCAUGUGGUACAUUAACAUUAAAUUUUGGGAAUACAGUGAUGAACAGGAAGACAAAAUUCAGGCUCCCAUGAAACUUGAAAUCUAGUGGAAAAUAAGUAAUAGAAAAAUAGGAAUAAUAUCAACCUCACAUAUAAUUUUUAAGGAUUAAAGUGAGAUAAUUUAUAUGAAAUUGCUUUGUAAACUGUAACAUUAAAUAUUAGAUAUCAUAUUAACUUGCAUGAUUUUUAAGACUCUAAUGGUGAUAAGAAAUGUGAGUGUAUGUGUUUUAUACUUAUUGUAAAGAUGAAACUGAUUCUUAGAGAGGUGUUAUGAUCUUCCCCAGGCUACACUACUUGAAGUGGUACCACUGGGUUUGAGCCUAGGUUUUCCAACACUUGUAUUCAAGCUUUCUCACAUUCUCUAAACAUUUAGGACUCUGUAGCCUAUUCUUUCUAUCAAUCUUUAUUGGUUAAUUAAACAUGCAUAUAGUUCAUUCUUAUUUAUGUACAUGUACUGCACAUAUUUUGUUGUGUUGACAAAGCAGUCUUCUUCCAGAGGCUGCAUUUUCUAGAAGCAGUCAACACUCCUUAAUAAACUCCCCUUUAUAUAUACAUCUAUCCAAUUAGUCCUGUCCCUUGAAAGAACCCUAAUACAAAUUCUAAGUAAAAUGUUAUGUAACUAAGCCCAUGGGUACUCUCCAUGCUCAUUGGCUCUUUGUUUUAUACUUUGUCAGGUGGAUAGGACAGAUUUAUAGUCUAAAUUGGGUUCAUGCAGUAAAUAUCAAUUGCUGUUCUCUACCUUUCAAAAUGUUCAGAGCGUAUUUGAGUACCUACUAUAUCCAAAACUCUGGGUUAGGUGAUUUCAGAGAGAGGGCUACAAAACAAAUAAUGUUUUUUCUUCUCUUAUUGUAUUUACUAGGACUUCUCUUGUUUCUGUGUUUUCCAGUAAAUAACAGAUAUCCUUAUCUUGUUCUUGACUUUAAUGACAAUAUUUCUGAAAUAUUUCUAUUACUCAUGUUGUUUGAUCUACUGCUUUGAUAGAUUGCCUUUUUCACAUUAAGGACAUUCCCAUUCAUUUCUAUUUUUAAAAGUUUUUAAAACUAUAAAUAUAUGGUGAACCUUAUUGAAAUUUUAUUUAUUAAUUUAUUAUUUUCUCUUUUUUCCAGUAAUGUACCAAAUAUCUUGACUGAUUUUCUCAUGUUAAUCUUUGAGUUAUUAGAAUUCCUUCUAAUACCCUGGUGGAUUUGUUACAUAAGAUUUUAUUUAGAAUUUGUAUUAGGGUUCUCUAGAGGGACAGGACUAAUUGGAUAGAUGUAUACCUUAAGGGGCGUUUAUUAAUGAGCAUUGAUUCACAUAAUCACAAGAUGAAGUUCCACAAUAGGCCAUCCGCAAGCUGAGGGGAAGGAAACCAACCCAAGUCUCAGAACUUCAAAAGAAGGGAAGCCAGCAGUGCAGCCUUCUGUCUGUGGCCAAAGGCCUCUAAGCCCCUGGCAGACCACUGAUGUAGGUCCAAGAGUCUAAAAGCCUAAGAACUUGGAGUCUGAUGUUUGAGGGCAGGAAGCAUGCAGCACAGGAGAAAGAUGCAGUUCAGAAGACGUAGCCAGUCUAGUCCUUGCACGUUCCUCUGCCUGCUUUUUUCCUAACCAUGCUGGCAGCUGAUUAAAUGGUGCCCACCCAGAUUGAGAGUGGGUCUGUUUCUCCCAGUUCAUUGACUCAAAUGUUAAUCUCCUUUGGCAACACCCUCAUAGACACACCCAGGAACAAUACUUUGCAUCCUACAAUCCAGUGAAGUUGACAAUAUUAACCAUCACAGAAUUCUUAUACUUAAAUUCACAAGUUAAAUUGGCCUAUAUUUUCUCCUCUGAAUUUGCCCUUAUUUUGUUUUCGAAUAAAAAUUUAGUCUUAAAUUUCGUAUUACUUUCAUAAACUAAAUCAGGCAGAAUUCCUUUUUCUCCCUUGUAUUUUACAAUAAUUUCUAUAAAAUGGGGAUUUUGUAUUUUUUAGAAGUUCGGCAGAACGCAUCUUUUAAACUAAAUGGACCUCUAUUAGUGGUGGACAGAGAAAAUUUUAUUAUUAUUUUAACUUUUAUAGCCAUUAUUGGUCUAUUCAAUUUUAAAAUUUCUUCUUGUGCCAAUUAUGGUACUGUUUUUUUCAGAAAUGUAUCACAUUUUCCCUGGACUUUCUUACUGCCAUGUAGUUGUUUGUAACAUUCUUUUAUAAUUUUCUUGAUUUUUUUUUUUUUUUUUUUUUUUUUUUUUUUUUUGGUGGGAUGGCUUUUAGGGGGAUGGUUUACUUUGUUGCUGUUUUCCUGGCUUCUAUGUUGAAGUUUGAGCUUAUUGUUUUCAGUUUUUCUCAUUUGAUGAUGUUACAGUAGGUAGUUCAGACAUUAGCAGGGCAGGAGAAGCCCCCCACACACCAGGCAUGUCAGAUGACCAUCAGGUGAUGGUCAGGCUAUUGUUAAACUGUCUCUCUAAAAUAAUAGUUGCUUGCAGCCAGCGCCAGGUAAAGGCAGUCUUCCAAUAAAAAGGAACACCUGAAACUGGUAUCAGCAGCUUCCCAAUAAGAUCUCAGGAGUUGGGCAAGUGGGCUUAGGCAUGCGCAUUAAGAGGCCAAAUGGCAGCGUUUAAUUGGUAUCUGACCUUCCUCUAGUAAUGCUGGACUAGUAAGGCAAAACAAAGUGAGGAUUCGCACGACUUCAGUAAACACAGGGCACAUGUGGCACCUCCCAAGCGCUGGCAGGACACUGUGCAAGCGGACAGCCCACCCCAAGGGAAGAAUAAGGAGAGAAGCUAUGCAACCCGGAAGCACACCAAUGUAUAAAACCCCAGUCAAACCUCAAACCGCGCACUUGAAUCUCUCAGGUAACCUACUUGGCCCUUUUCCGAUCGUACUUUACUUUUGUUCCUACUUUAAAACUUUUUAAUAAAGUUUCACUCUUGCUCUAAAUCUUGCCUCAGUCCCUCCCUCUGCUUUAUGCCCUCCAUCGAGUUCUUUCUUCUGAGGAGGCUAAAAUUGAGGUUGCUGCAGACCUAUACAAUUCACUGCUACUAACAAUGAUAAAAGCACUUGAUGGUCAAUUUUUUUUCUAUGUUUCCCAUAAGUUUUGAUAUGUAGUAAUUUCUUGUCUUUCAGUUCUUCAUUUUUCAUAUUUUCCUUGAGAUGUCCUUUUUAACCUAAGAUUUGUAUUUCUUCUAAGUUUCUGGAUAUAUAGGACUAUUGUAGUUAUUCUUUUGUUAACAUAACAGGUUUGGUGCCUGAUGUAUAGCAAGUAAAUACCCUGAGACACAGGCACACUGAAAGAGGUUUAAUGGUAAGUCGCUGUAUGAGAAGAGAGGAAACCCCAAAUAUGCCACCCCAAGGAGUUUGGGGCUAGGGAUGUUAAAGGGUUUGAAAGAGUAAUGGGCCAAGGUAUGGGGACUGUUGAUUGGUUGAAGAGUGCGAAGUGAAGUCAUGGGGUAGGGAGAUUCUCAUUCUGUAAGGGUCUUGAAACUGGUUGAUAUCAGCCAUUCUGCUGGAAUUCGGGGUCUGAAAAACAUCAUAUGAAAUUCUUAAAUAAAAGCUUUAUGAUCCUAAGUUCAGAGAUCCUAUAUAUAGGAACAAUGUGCAUGCACAUGGUCAGUAUCUAGUGCUCUGUGUCUUUUGGUUAGUCAACAGCUAUAAAGGAGUGAGACAAAGUGCAAGCUGAUUAAUACUUAUUCUGUCUAGAAUCUGGCAUGUGACUCUUGUUAACCCUGUAAGGACGGCUUCACUCUUGUUACUGAUUUUUAAUUUUGUUGCAUUAAUGUCAAAGAAUAUAGUCUGUAUGAACUUUAUGAACUCAAUCUUGCAUAAUUUAUUCAGGCUUCACAUCUUUUCCUGUACAAUUACGUAAAUGUUUUAUUCUCAAUAUGCUUUUCUGUUUAUUAGUUGCUUAACUUAUUAAUAAUGCUACUCAGAUCUUUUAUUUGCUUGAUCUAUCAGAUUCUGAGAGGAAUGUGUUGAACUUCCUAAUCUCUAGGUUAAUUAUUUUCCAGGCUCUAGCACAUACAUACACACACAUAUAUAUAUACAUAUGCUAUGUUUUCUAAGUAUAUUUUUCUUUCCUGAGUAUAUAAUACUUUAUAUCUUAUGUAUAUAUUAUCUUAAACUCUACUUUUUUUUUCUUUUUUUGAGACACAGUUACACUCUGUUAUGCAGGCUAGAGUCCAGUGGUACAAUCUCAUCUCACUGCAACCUCAGCCCCUGAGUUCAAGCAAUUCUCUGCCUCAGCCUGCCAAGUAGCUGGGACUACAGGCACACUCCACCAUGCCCAACUAAUUUUUGUUGUUGCUGUUGUUUCUUUUCUUUUAAUUUUUUUAGUAGAGACAGGCUUUCACCAUAUUGGCCAGGCUGGUCUUGAACUCCUGACUUCAGGUGAUCUGCCCUCCGCAACCUCCCAAAGUGCUGGAAUUUCAGGCAUGAACCACCGUGCUUGGCUAACUUUUGAUGUUAAAAUAACUAACUCCGUUUUUUUUUUUCCCCGCCUGGCCAAUAUUAGCCACUAAUGUUUAUUAGAUUGCUAUAAUCUAAUACUUGGAAAUUAGAAAUUUAUGUUAUUUUUUAUAUAAAUUCCUCUUUUCUGUUUCAUUAAAAAAAUUUCUACAUUCUAAUGCACUAUUUGAUGAGGUUUGACGAACUUAUAUACUUGUGUAACUACAAUUUCAAUUAAGAUGUAGAACUUUUAGAAGAAAUGCCUAAUGUAAAUGACAGGGUGAUGGAUGCAGCAAACCACCAUGACAUGUGUAUAACUAUGUAACAAACCUGCAUGGUCUGUACAUGUACCACAGAGCUUAAAAUAUAAUUUAAAAAAAUAUAUAGAGAAUUUUUAUUUCACCCUGUGAAAGUUUUCUGAUACCCCUCUGUAGUCAAUCUAUUUAUCACCCUACCCCACCCUAACCCUAGAAAACUGAUCUAAUCUGUAUCACUAAAGAUUGGGUUAGCCUGUUCUAGAACUUCAUAUAAAUGGGAUCAUCCAUGCCAUUCUCUUGUACCUGGCUUCUAUCUGUUCAACAUACUAUUUUUGUGAUACAUCCUAUGAACAUGUGUGGUACAUUCCUUGAAUAUAGUCUAUAGAAGAAAACUGUUGCAUUACAUUUUAUUAUAUUACAUUAAAUGUAAUUUUAAAAAUACAUUUAAUUUUUUGAAACAGCCAGGAAUCAAAGUCAGUUACAGUCGUGCACCACAUAACACUUUGGUCAAUGAUGGACCACAUAUGUGAUGGUGGUCCUGUAAGAUUUUGAUGGAGCAUAUAUAGAAACUUGAUAUAUGACUGUUGAUACAUAUAUCAAGUACUCAAUCAAACAUUGCAGAUUGAGUAGGAGAAAUGGUUAUUUAGUAAUGGUGCUGGGGCAUUUGGUUUUCCAUAUGAAAGUAUAUAUAUACAUAUAUAUAUACACACACACAUAUAUAUAUAAACAUAUACACACACACACACACAUAUACCAUCUAGGUUUGUCUAAGUACAAUCUAUAAUGUUAGCAUAAGGAUGAAGUCACAUAACAACACAUUUCUCAGAAUGUAUACCUGUCAUCAAAUGAUGCAUGAUUCAUACUGAAUUAUUCAUUUGUAUUUGUGAAUGACCAGCUUAUUUAGCAUUUUUAACCCAUACAUAUUUGGAGGGCAGCACAUUUUUCAAAUAAAUAUUUUCUAAAUACUACAUGAUAUAGAAAGAGACAUGGAUUUUACAAUAGACAGGCCUGGGUUCAAAUUGUAGCUCAACUGCAUGAGUUGGGUGACCAAGGCUAGUAGCUAUGGGUUAAUAAUACAUACUGGCAAAGAUAUUGUUAGGUUAAAUGAAAUAAUAUUCAAAUCGAAUUUGACACAUAGUUGGUGUAAAAUGGCAUUUUGUUGAAUUAAAAUAUAAUUACUUAAAAAUUUAAUAUUUGUGUUUCUUAAAUUAAAAGAAAUUACUUUUUAUUACUUUAAAGAUGCAUGAUCACUAAAACUAGGUUGUAAAUAUGUUUCUAAAGAGUAGACCUUGAAAAACUAGUAGUUUGAAAUUGGAACAUGUUAAUUUCCUAUGUAUAUGGGUACUUAUAAAGUACUAAAUACCAAUUUAUUCUAAGAAAUAAUUAGACAUUUAAAAACUAUUGUUUGUCCUAUUAAUUUGCUUAGCAAACCUUUCCCCAUGUAUUUGUAGCUGAAUUCUCAACUUUGCCUUUGUACAAAUGAUACAAAUGAGGGUGUAGUAUAUCAUUGAGCUUUUACCACUUUGCUGACUUGAGGUGUCCACAUGGGACUAGUUGUUCAUUUAUUAUAAAAAGUGAUGGUAUUUCCUUGGCAAAAAAAAGUUGUUAAAAUAUAUGAGAACAUUGUCGGAGAUCAUUUCUACCUGUUAGAAAUCUAGAUUGUUGUUUUUUUUUUUAAUCCCAACACACUUACUUCUCUCUCCUUGAACAGCCAAUUGACUGGUUACUUUGGCACUAGUAAAAUAAUGAUACUGAUAAUAGUAAUAGCCAAUAGUUCUUGAGUAAUUGCUGCGUUCCAGUCAUUUUUCAAACAGUAUUUUACAUAUGAUAUUCCAUUUAAUUACUGAAGAAUGCUACGUAGCAGGUACUAGUAUUUCUAAUUUUUGGAAGAAACAACUGAGGCAUAGCAAGAUGCAAUAAUUUACUCAAGGUUGGACAACUUGUAUGGAGCCUAGACUUAUGAUAACAAUAGCUAAUAUUUAUUGAGAACUUAAUAUAGGCCAAGCACUAAGUGUUCCAUUGGUUAACUUUUUAAAAAACGUCUCAAGAACCCUAUGACACAGGUGCUAUCAUUUUACAAGUGAUGAGAUGGAGGCAGAAAAGGAUUAUAUAACUUACCCAUAUUACACAGCUAGUAAGUGAAGAAGUUGGGAUCAGGCUGGGUCCAGAACUUAUGUUUUAUUACCACUUAAUUAUCUCUCAACCAGCCAAAAGUAUUUACAAGCACUUAAUGUGCACACAGUAUUCUGGGAACCAUAGAAGAAAUAUAACUUUGUUUUCUUUAUUCAGUGAACUUACUGCCUUGUAAGAGAAGUGAAAAGAAGACGAAUGAAACCAUUAUGGGAAGGGGAUGAGUGCUGAAAUCUUAUUACAGAAACUAAAAGUAAAGGGUUUAGAGAAGGGAGAGAUGAAUAUGUAUUGGAAGAUAUCACAGUGAAUCUAGAGUGGCUAGGGCUGAACGUUUAAGUACUUUGAAUGGAUAGGAGGAAGGUAGAGAGAGGAUAUUUUGUAAUGUGGAAUAACCUAUUAAUUCUCCAUAAAUAAUUUGUUUCUAAUUAAUUUCAGGGCUGAAACUCAUUUAUCUUAUCAUUUCUCCUUAUUAGGGAAAAAUCAUCUUCUUAAUAUCUUUAUCUA